CACAGACACGUGGCUCGUCCUUCACUUAGCGAUGCAGAAUCGGUAACGUUGUAACUUACAUAAAGGUAUACUUGUUGCCACUAUUAAGCGUUAUAGAAUCGAGCAGUUGUUUCGGCAUGGUUUGGACAAGCAGAAUUUGUUUUCGGAAGUAUGGCAACUUUGUGGACAACAUACGGUUGUAUGUGAGGGGGGGAUGUGGGGGAAUGGGAUUGCCCCGGUUAGGUGGACAAGGUGGAAACGGUGGAGAUGUGUGGGUGAUGGCCAAAAAUGGAGUCACCCUGAAGCAAAUCAAGGACAAGCACCCUGACAAACGUUUUACUGCAGCUGUUGGUUCUAACAGCAGUAUUCAUGCUUUGAGAGGGUCUAAAGGAGAAGAUGCUCUGAUCUUUUCACAAACGGGAAUCUGUGUAACAACAGAUGACGGAAGGAUUAUUGGAGAGCUGAAUAAUGAAGGAGACAGGCUUUUGGUGGCUAGAGGUGGUCAUGGUGGCUCUCUUCACUCUGGGUUCUUGCCCAGUAAAGGUCAGACCAGGCAGAUUCGACUGGACCUCAAACUCAUUGCAGAUGUUGGACUUGUAGGGUUUCCUAAUGCGGGUAAAUCCUCCUUACUGACUGCCUUAUCUCAUGCCAAACCCAAGAUUGCCAGCUACCCCUUUACAACCUUACGACCUGAAAUUGGAAAAAUCACGUAUGACGACCACAGGCAGGUUUCAGUUGCAGACUUACCAGGACUCAUUGAAGGUGCCCAUGUAAACAAAGGCAUGGGACACAAGUUUCUCAAACAUGUGGAGAGAACCAAGCAGAUCAUGUUUGUGGUCGAUAUCUGUGGGUUUCAGCUAGCUAGUACCACUCCCGUCAGGUCUGCUUUUGAAACCGUGUUACUUCUCACGAAGGAGCUGGAGUUGUAUAAGGAAGAAUUAUUAUCCAAGCCAUCCAUAUUGGUAAUAAAUAAGAUGGACCUCCCUGAGGCUGAAGACAAGCUCAGAGAACUGCAAGAACAGCUGGAAAACCAGCAAGAAUCAGGACGUCACCUUCCUGAUGACGUGAAACCAAGAAGCCCAGUGCAUUUUACAAACAUUGUCCCAGUAUCUGCUUCAACUGGCUUUGGACUGUCAGUGCUUAAAUCCUUCAUCCGCCAAUCACUUGAGGAACAGGAUGUCAUACAAACUGAGAGCCAACGCAGUGAGAGAUUACUCAAGUUGAGAAGGCAGAUUUCUUCUCCAUCUUUACCCAGCUGGGGAAACCCUCAUUUGGUCUGAGAUCCAACAUAUAGGAGUUUAAACUUGAAUAUAGAAUCUUUAGAAGUACUGCUAUGAACAUUUGUAUAUUAAAUGUGCAGUUACAGUGUGCGGGUAUGAAUCCCACAGCUAAUAGAAAUAACAUCAAUUCAGCAGAAAGGAAUAAAGCUAGUUUCCUUUAAAAUAUCUGAAUGAUGCAUAUCUUGUUGCUCAACAGAAACAAUAUUAUUUUAUAAUAAAGCUCUCAGCAUCUCUGUGGUUGAGAUUA